AAAAAAUAUAAACGAUGAAAUGAUGCAGCAGCGGAAAGGGAUGCAAGUCUCACUAGUCUUCCCCUCGGAAUAACACCAAAUGGAUGCUGUGCUGAGCGCCUCAGCCCCUCGCCAACUGCUAUGGAGGCAUACCAUGCAAGUGACCUUUAUCACACCAUGAAUGCAAGCUCUGCCGUUGAAAGAGGACACAAGUAACCUUUUCUUGUUAUCUGAGGAGCUGUUGAUCUAAAGAAAGUAGGGGGAGACGAGCUGCGGCGAGAGAAGAGUCUCGUAAAAAACAAACAAACAAACAAAACUACACACACAAGGACAGGAUGCCAAAGCGGUCCGAGGAGAUGCUCAUGGAUCUGUGGAUGUCCUUGCUGCUGGUGUGGAUUACUUGUGUUCCCUGCGUGUCUAUGUCUCCUAUCAUAGGCCAGUCCAAAAGUACACAAACUGGUGGGUCCGCAGCAGUGGCGAGCGGUCUUGGCGAAGGACAAAGAUUACUGAGCCGCGCCAAGAGAGGAUGGGUUUGGAAUCAAAUGUUUGUGCUGGAGGAAUUUUCUGGACCCGAUCCAAUUCUAGUUGGCAGGCUACACACAGACUUGGAUGUGGGCAGCAAGAACAUCAAGUAUGUCCUAGCGGGUGAGGGGGCAGGCACCAUCUUUGCCAUCAACGAGUUAACAGGUGACAUCCACGCCAUGAAGAGGCUGGACCGCGAGGAGAAGGCCGAGUACACACUAACAGCCCAGGUCAUUAAUGCCGAUACGGACGAGCCCUUGGAGCCACCAUCCGAGUUCAUCAUCAAAGUCCAGGACAUAAAUGACAAUCCGCCGCAGUUCAUUGAAGGCCCGUACCGAGCCUCUGUUCCAGAAAUGUCUGCUGUUGGUACCCCAGUUACCCGGGUAACAGCUUCAGAUGCCGACGAUCCAGUGUAUGGGAACAGUGCUAAACUGGUCUACAGUAUACUGGAGGGACAACCGUAUUUUUCCGUAGACCCUAAUUCAGCAACCAUAAAAAUUGCUCUCCAUGGGAUGGAUCGGGAGAUGAGAGAGGAGUACCUGGUGGUCAUUCAGGCUAAGGACAUGGGAGGACACAUGGGGGGCCUGUCUGGAACGACAACAGUCACCGUCACACUCACAGACAUCAACGACAAUCCGCCAAAGUUCUCUAAAAGUCUGUAUGAGUUUAUAAUACCUGAAGACCUACCAUUAGGGAAAAUGGGCGGCAAGGUGAAGGCAAAUGACAGAGAUAUCGGUGAGAACGCCAAGUCAACAUACAGCGUCAUCGAGGGAGAUGAUCAAGGCGUGUUUGAGAUUAUCACGGACACGCAGACACAGGAGGGGAUUCUCCGACUGAAAAAGCCUUUAGACUACGAGAACAAGAGAGCCUUCACGCUAAAAGUCGAGGCCACCAACAUCCGCUUGGAGCCCGGCAACGGCGGGCCCUUCAAAGACACAGCAACAGUGAAGAUUGUGGUCGAAGACUCCGACGAACCUCCUGUUUUCUCCAAACCCAUGUACUUACUGGAAGUGAAUGAGAACGCCCCCAUCAACACCGUCAUAGGGACAGUCACCGCCAGGGAUCCGGACUCCAGUGGGAGCCUUGUCAGAUACUUCAUCGAUCGGCACACGGACCUGGAGAGGCAGUUCAACAUCAAUGUGGACGAUGGGAAGAUCACGCUCGCCAAACCGCUGGACCGGGAGACGGACAUGUGGCACAACAUCACAGUAACCGCCACAGAAGUCAGGAAUCACAGUCAGAUAUCGAGGGCAAUUGUGGCCAUCAGAGUAAUGGACAUAAACGACAAUGCCCCUGAGUUUGCCGCCGAAUACGAGGCCUUUCUGUGUGAAAAUGGAAAACCUGGACAGGUGAUCCAGACCGUCAGCGCAGUGGACAAAGACGACCCGAUCCAGGGCCACUACUUUGACUACCGCCUGGUCCCGGAGAUGCUCAACAACCCCAAUUUCACCAUCAAAAACAACCAAGACAAUUCAAUCAGUGUUUUAGCCAAGCAUGAUACCUUCCGACGACAGAAACAGGAGAUGUACUUCCUGCCAAUCAUUGUGACGGACAACGGGAACCCUCCGAUGAGCAGCACCAACACCCUGACCAUCCGGGUCUGUGGCUGCAGCAAAGACGGCAUCGUCCAGUCCUGCAACGUGGAGGCCUACGUCUUACCCAUCGGCCUCAGUAUGGGAGCUCUCAUUGCCAUCCUGGCCUGCAUCAUCCUGCUGUUAGUAAUAGUAGUACUAUUUGUUACCCUGAGAAGACACAAGAAUGAACCUCUGAUUAUCAAGGAUGACGAGGAUGUGAGAGAGAAUAUCAUCCGUUACGAUGACGAAGGAGGCGGCGAGGAGGACACGGAGGCGUUCGACAUCGCCACGCUGCAGAACCCAGAUGGCAUCAACGGUUACUUACCGCGCAAGGACAUCAAGCCAGACCUGCAGUUCAUGCCCCGGGCGGGCCAGCACUCAGGCCCCAAUGGCGUGGACGUAGACGAAUUCAUCAACGUACGGCUCCACGAGGCAGACAAUGAUCCCACAGCGCCGCCUUAUGACUCCAUACAGAUCUACGGAUACGAGGGCCGUGGAUCCAUUGCCGGCUCCCUCAGCUCGCUGGAGACGGCGUCAUCAGACUCGGACCAGAAUUAUGACUAUCUCAGAGAGUGGGGCCCACGCUUCAGAAGACUUGGGGAGCUCUACUCUGUGGGCGAAAGCGACCGCGAGACCUGACCUUUGGUUUGUUAGAAAAAAAAAAGACCUUUCAGAUUUUUUUUUCUGUCCACAUGUG